GUGCUUUUAAGUUGACCGCUAAAUAUAAAACUUAAUAAUAACAAACCACAAACAGAUAAAAUGGUAUCACAGAAGGUUACGAAAACGAAAUUUAAAUCGAAUGUCAACGAACAGGAACCAGAUGAUUUACGAUUACGUUUAGAAGAAUGGAGAGCAAACAAAAGGCAGAAGGUGGGAACACAUGUUCCUGGAUCAAAUAAACUAAAAAGAUACACUAUCGGACAACCCCCUCCUCCUGUUCCAAAAAGUACAAGAAAAGUACAAGCUGUAAGCAAAAUAGAUUCUCACUGGAAGAAGAGACGAAGCUCACCAACAGAUAACAGAAAUAAUAAUAUCAGUUCCUUGAAGAAAGUUCCAGAGAAAAAACAAGAAGGCGACAAAAAGCCUACAAUUUCAUUUAAAACAAAACCCUCGUGCUCAUUACAGCCACUUUCUAAAAUAAGACCUGUUGUUGCAAUUAAUUCAGUUUCGAAACAGAACAACAACGGUUCAUCAAAACUAUCAUUACAGACAAGUUGUACAACAAAUAACGAUAAAAAGACAAUCAUCACACUCAGAAAUCAAUUAAAGAGCACAUCACAUCAAAAAUCAAAUAAACGUCUAUCAUUGCGCUCUAUUAAAAGUAGAAACUGUGUUCGCAAAUCAUCAUCAACUAGCUUAAAACAUGGUUGUAAAGAAAACCUCAAACCAGUUUCUAGUGAAGAAGAUCUUGCAAAAAAGAUAGAUGUAACCCCUUUUAAACAUGUGACCUUUCAACCAUGUGGAAAUAAACCAGGACCAAAUACGUCACAUAGUAAAAAGUGUCUGUCACAACAAAAUGGUCAAGUAUCAAUAAGAAAAUCUUUAAAGAAUUGGUUAGAUGAAAAUGAAAAAACUCCUUCAAGAUUCCGUCACCUAAUGUGUUUUGACGCCCAGAUGUCAUCUAAGAAAGUGAGAGCAGUUGCACCAACAAAACCUUGUCUUACUGUAGAUGAAUUAACACAACAGCAAGAAACUUUAAUCAAUGAAGAGAGAAAUAUAAACAGAAAACUAGGUGAUAUAUUUGAUGGGAUGGAAGAUGAUGAUGAUCAUGUAUUUAUAAAGGAAAAGGAGGCUGCCGAUACGUCAGAAAACACAAUUAACCAACAACUAUUAACUAUGUUAGAUGAAUGCUUUACUCUAUUCUUAGCUGGCUGUCCAGUAGAUAGUAUAUUACCAUGGUUAGAUAGAAUACAGAAGAAUAUACCUAUAGCUAAUAUAUCAACAACAUUUUAUAUCUGUAAACUAAAUGUUGUUAAAAGUACUGGUAAUAACAAGAAAAUCAUGGCUGUUAUUGAUGAAGCCAUUAGAAAUGGUGCUAAGCCAGCUGAUAAGCUAGCAGACGUUGUAACAUCAACUAUAAAGGAGAUGCUAGAAAGUAAAGAACAUAAGACAGACAAUGGAACUGAUGUAUUAACUACAGAUAAUAUAUUUGAUUCUAUGGCUAUAAAAUACAGUAUCAAACAAGUUACACCAUUUACUAGUAAUAAAAAAAGGAAAAGAAUCUCAGAUGGUGGUGUAAGGAAGUUUUCUCCUAGAACUGUAGUAACACCAGUUCGUAGAUCAACAAGAAGAAGUGCAUCAUUUGUUGAUGUUCAAACAGAUAAAGUGUAUGUCUCGUUGAAACAAAUGACAGAUGAAGAACGUGGUAAAGCGUUAUUUCAAACUAAUGUAGCACUUGGUGGAUUUUAGUUGCUUAACAUACAGCAGACGCCAUUGGUUUUUUGACUACCAAACCAGUCCUGAAUGCCCAAUAAUACUAAUUAUUUUCCGUUCAACUAUUUCAGAGUUCAAAUAUCAUUUGAAAAGUUGUGUUUUUCAUAUAUAUAUUUUUUUAGGAUAUUUAUACCAAUAUAUUAAAAACAGUUAUUUGGCUUAUUAUAUACCAAUGCACUUAUAUUCUACCAUAACCAUUGAGUAGAUUUAUUUCAUGAAUGUCACUUGUGUAGUUAAUUUUUAACAUGUUAUAUUUGUCCUCUAUAUAUUUAUGAUAUUAAGUCAGUUGGGUUGUCCUGACUAUAAAUCUGGCCCAAUUUCCUAGAGAUUUGUUAGUUUAUAUAUGUGGUAUGGCUACUACAAUCUGUAUAGAUGUCUUAUUAUUUGUAGUAAGCUAAAUAAAAACUACCGGUAUAUUAUAAUAGUGCCAAAUAUUUAAUUAAAUGCAAUUUUUGUUUGUCAUGGAAAUAUAGACAGUUUAAAAUAAAUUUGAUCAGAUAUUGCACUAAAAAAAACCCAACAAAACAAUUAUACCAUAUUUCCAAGAAAUUCUUGAACAUCAAAAAAAUCAAAAAUUUCCUAAUAUUUUUAUAUACCGGUAAUCUUAACCUGCUUUCCAAACUUAAACCUUAUCUAUAUGCUAGUUUGUGUAUGUACCAAUAUAUAGUAUAUCUUUUUGCAACUAAUAGUUGGAGUUACAUGUAUGUAUAUAUUAUAUCUAUCUAGUCUUAAAUACCAUAUUACAUUUAUUAUGUACAUGUUUGCCGAAAUUAUUAAUACUGGCAAAUGUUUUGUUUCUAAAUAGUUUCCAUCAUGCUGAAAUGAAUUUUAAGAAAAUAUAUAUUAUUUUAAAUUUAAAACAUUUAAAUAAUUUUUUAAUGAAAAUCCUCCAUUGAAAAUUCUGUAUACUGUGUAAAUGUAUUCAAAUACAUACAAUAUAAAUGUUACAAUUUGUGCUCAUAUUAUUAUAUUUUUAUGUGCCCACACUGAAAUGUAGUCGUAUAUUGUCCUCACCCCUGUCCGUCCGUCCAGCGUCCACAAGCAAUUGUGGACACUCUAGAGGCUAAAGUUAAUAUCCAAUUGACUUAAAAUUUAUACACAGUCGUUAAUGUCGUGCGAUGAAGAAGCCUAUUGAUUGUUAGAAUAAGGCAGAACUAGAAGCCAAAUGGGUUGUUACUCGUAAUCAGAUUUUAGUAUGUUGUAAAUGUUUUCAUUUCUGACAAAAGAAAAAAAUAUGCCACAACUCUUGUUGACUUCCCGGACGACUUAGCUACUGUGGGCGUAUGUUUCAUUGCCUGGCAACCUAUGUUUGUAAAUUAUUAAUACUUCUGUAAUUUUGAGUAAUGGAUUUUACAGAUUUGUAAUGUGUUAUUAAACUCCCAUUUUUUUUUAGCUGUUUCGUUCUAUAAUAAUUAUAAAGGAGCAUAUUUACAAACCAAAUUUAUUUUUCCCCCCCCCCCUUGUAUAAUUCUGCCAAUUUCGAUAGCUUUCAUUCCAUACCCAUAUCACUACAAUUAUAGCCUUGCACCCAAAAUAGACAGUAUACAUGCUCAGUAACCAGGAUGUCUUGGAUUAACUCCCAGUGUUGGCUGAGAUGGUUCCUGAGGUUUUUCCGUUAUGAUUUCCCCUUGUCAGUGGUGCAAGACGAAGGGCCUUCCAGAGAACAGCGUCCAGUACACAUAUUGGUGGUAUGCGCUUAAAAGAAACCUUGCCAGUUCAAAUUCAAAGUAAGAGUAAGAGGCCAUAGUGCUGCUGUUCGGGCGUAUGCCAUCUUUAUUAGCGCAGUCGGUGAAGAAAAGUGGGACAUUUAACCCAUUUUCGUUACUAACUAGGGUGAUAUGACAAACAAAUGUUUCCUAAGAAACUUGCCUGACAGGCCAGUCAAGAUUUAGGGGUUAAAGUCACUUCCAUUCCCUUGAUUAAAUAGAGGCUAUCCUGUAUUUUGAGAUACAUUGCCUAAUGAACCAUUAUCUUCUGUUUCUUCCAAUCUCCUGUUAUAUCACAUUAAAUACUACUAUGUUUCAAUUUUUCAACAUUCUUGGUGCCAAAUAUUGGACUUAAGGAAUCUCAAUCGAUAGCUGUAGCGAAGGGACAUAACUCAUGGUCUUAAAAUAUAUUUUUAUAUCCCUUUCGAUAUUUGCCAUUUCAGACCAUAAGUUUCUGGAUUAUGACCCCUGAUUGUACGAAAAAUCGCUUGUUCUCUGUCCAUCUCUUGCAAAAUGUGGGCAUAUCUUGCCUGGCAACCGCUGGUUGGAUGUUACAGUUAUAUUGUCAAAUAAUGGCGUACUAAAAACUGACCUAUAUCAUAAACCAACAGAUACACGCCAAUACUUAAAGGAGCUAACUCGCUAAUAUUUGGGACCUAGAAAUUGACACAAAUGGGUCGCAACGCAUAUAAUAAUGUAAUAUGAGAGUAUAUAAACUGAUUUACAUUCAA